AAAAUAUUGGAGACCCAGGCUAAUGACUGUAACCCAAACCAUUUCCUGACUUAUUUGGGAGGGAUCUUGAAAAGCAAAUGAGCCUAUUGCGCGGGUUAGUUGUCGGCGCUGUUCAACAAUAAUAUUUAAAUAAAAGCGUAGAUUUGUUCUUUGAUUCCGACCUUGGGGAGCUCUGCUCCGCAAUACUCGCAUGUGUCCGCCCCCGACACAUUUCCUUUCUUGCACUUUGGGCAAUCCAUCUUUGCGCACAGGUUUGUUGAUUGGAUUUAUCUAGAAGCAAAUUAUUUAGUCUUUCCACUGGUAAAACUUUUUGGAUUGCAAGAAAAGGGGUUUUAUACAGAUGUUGCUUUGACUUUUCCACUGGCGUUUUGCUUGUAGGUCACUGAGUUGGAUUUUGGAUUGAAAGAUAUGAGUGGUGUAAAUUGCUGGUUAUAUCCUGAUGCUUAUAUAGCCCUGGCUUUAUGGAUUCAGAAGGACGGAAAAAUGGAUGAGGUUGGACCAACUAUCUGAUCGUGUCUCCUAUGGCUUACAUACCCCCUCGAGUUGAUUAAUACCCAACCUCACAAAUACUUUCAGCCUGAACUCGGCAUCUAACCAUACGAGACUGGAUUGAUGCGGCAUGCUUUCGUUCAGCUGGGAAAUGGUCAGGCUGGCUCAAGUAAUUUGUGAUUUACGUCAAAUCAUUGGCGGCCUUGCUUGGUUUGGAAUGGUUUCAGCUGCCGCCUUCAUGGUGAGUCAUAGCAGCACGACAAGCUAGCCAUUUCUCCAGUGCAUGCAUGAGGGCCCGGCGGGGAGCCUGGAAAUGGUGCCAAACACCAUCAAUAUCCGUUGCAAGGCAAGAAUUUCGCCAUGUCCAAGCAACACCUGUUGGAAAUUCUGAGAAUCGAGUCACGAGGCACGAGCAUUGUGUCGACAUCCUGACAGGGUCGUAUGGCCAAUCGACUUUGAAUUUAACUAGAGCCUCCGACCAGAAAGUGCAAGUGUGAUAUUCAGCUCUUCUAAUUUCAUUCCCAUUUUGAGAGAUAUUCAAGUAUACAGCUGUCUAUCGUCGCUUAGCCACCAUGUGCAAGGGAUUAAACGCUUGUAAGUAAGGCCUGAAAUUGUUCGCCUCCUUGGCAUGCCAACCAGCGCCAUGUGCCAAGCAGGAAUUUCCCUUGCUUUCAGCAAGUACUUUCCUAAUACCGUACCCAGAACGAUAUCUUUGCGCUGGACUUUCUCAUGUUGUAGGCCUUUCCUUGGAUGGUUCGUAUAUGUUUUAAGUUUUGUGAGAAUAAACAGAAUCGCGCUGCUCAGCAGGUCUUCUCUCCUGAACCAGCUGCCGCCGGUUCUUGGCGGCUAAAGCUUAGGCUGCUGUUUGGGCCUCGAUUCCUAUUACGGAUAGUCAGCAUCUCGAGCUAAGACCCAAAUCACUUCUCGCCGAUCCAUGUCUUAUUCCUCUCAACAUUGUUGACCUCAUCCACUCGGAAUCAAAUGUCAUUUAUCGUCAUUUCAGAGCAUCACAGAUGUGAUUCCUCGCCGCAAAAUUUAUAAACGCAAGCAUACAUGUUUUGGGCGUUCACAUAGACGACCGAAAGGCCUCGUGCUUUUAAACCCAGGGUCAAAAUUUGACGGUCAAAGUCAUGGGGUGAACAGUCAAAGGAGGCAAAAUCGGGCAAUAGAGUCAAACCGCAGCCAGAUCUGGAAAGUUCAGACCGAAUCUGGCCAUGCGAAGGGUCAAAGACGCUGGCAAACGGCACGGCAGAUUAUCUCACACAACGUGUCCUGAUGACUAGCCGAGUUGACUUUGACAAUUUUCAGUUAGUGCCAUCGAAUGCUGCGUAUUUGGACCUCAGCCAAGAGUGGAGUUGCGCGUCGGCCAAGCAACUUUUACAACUACGUGCUAGGGUCACCCAUCGGCAGAGCAUUUUAAUGCGGCUCAGCGGUGACAUCAAGGGCUCCGAGAAUACCAUUAAAUCAUUCUUAUCUAGCCUGAAUGCCGGACCUACUUGCUCCGCUUUGUCCGAGGAUCUUGCGGCUCUAUAUCUUUCACAGGCGAUGAACCACAUAUACAACUUUAAUUUUCAUGAAUCACAUAGAGAAGUUAAGAAGUGGACGCCUAAUGCAUCAGGAGGGCAGGAGCGCCUGCUUUGGGACCUGAUACUUUGUGUCGGCCGCAUCAUGCGAGGAGAAGGACGGUUCGAAGAGUCGAAGAUUUGCUUUGACACUUGUCUUUCAACUCCGGGCCUGCGCGAAUCUAAACGUCUCCUCGUUCGAUCCGCUCUUGCCGAUCUCUACUGUGAGCUGGACUAUCUACAGAUGGGGAAGCAGAACUUUUGUCUCUCUCAGGCAAAUGCAAUGGUGGAAUUGGAAAUUAAAAGAUUAAGGCUAUCGUCCGGUCAGCACCGCAAAGGAUUUCGGCGCUUACUUCUUUCCCUAACGGAGGUUAGAAUCAGGCAGGGACGGCACCGAGACGCUGACCUCUUGACCAGAGAGUUGAUAAUUAUUUAUGACAACAUCAGGGAACCGGACAUCGUGGACCGACUUGGCCAUGUCCGGGCGCUCAUUGCCUUUGCGCGUCUCGCUCCAUCGCCCGAGGAUGCAUUGAAGAGGUGGAAAGAUGUUCUACUCUGGAAUAAAUUCUACAAUCCUUUAGAGGAAGAAGUUUUCACCUGCGGUGUGGUCUACCUAUUUCUUUGCAUUACAUGGUACAAACUUGGUGAUAUUGACAAGAGCAAGCAAUGCCUUCAAAACGCGGUGCAAGUGAUUGAGCGGAAACAGCGUCAGUUUUUAAUCCCGGGGAUCGGGACCUAUCUCUUUCAUGAUGUGUGUGAUCAGGUAUAUUCUGAGAUAUGGCGGUUGGGAGAUUCCACAGCAGCGUUGCACAGCCGACUCCAGCGAUGUCUAGUCUACCCAACAGCCACCGCGCCAGUCGCAGUAAACAGGACCGGCUAACGACCUGGUACGUCUUCGCUCUCGGGUUUGACUGAUGAACGAGAUGUCGACCGACGGCGUUUGCCUGGCAGAAUAAGAAGAUAUUCAUGGCCAUCCAGCAAGUCCCCCAGUGGCCACUGCCAGGUUUGCCGAACUAUUUCCAACGCUUUUUGCGGUUAUGUUGUCCUACGCCGGAGGGUCAAUACAGCCAUACGGCCGGGCGCAGCGUCACGCCAUAUCGGCCGGGAACGGGAAGGGGAAGGGGACCUACGGCUGGGACUUGUUUCUUUUCCCCUUCAUAAACAUCAGAGUCACCUCCAUGACCAGAACGUGACGCCCUGGUUCCUCCGGAUUGGGGAUGACACGGAGCACCACGUCCCGGUACCGCAGAGCGUUGUUGGAGCCCCGAACGCAGCCGCUCUCGAUGAGCGCUCCUGGACGAGAAGACGUGUAGGCGCCAUCAGCAUCAGCAGCGGCAGCUGCACUGUAUACCGCUCGUGUGGGACCGCCGACGUGUCCAAGCACCAGUGGUAGUGGAGGACGGACAGCAGAUCCUCAACGCUGAGGGUGGGCUUGCAUUCGACCGAGAGAUCUAGGCUGUAUUCAUCCGUCAACGGUCCCAGGAUAAACUACAUGUGUGGUGAGUGCCAGUUAGAUACGGGAACAGGAGGGCCAGGAUAGUGUGGUGGGACUCACCUCACUGACCUGCUCCCCAACAAUCUCAUCCAUUUUCUUUCCAGCGACUCUCUUGUAGAGCAAUCGGAGGAAUUUCCACUCCACCCAGAUAGUGCUCUGCUUUGUGACGUUGAACUGGCUCAAUCGCCAGUUGGCAUAAUGUCUAAAGUUCUCACCUGCACAUGUGGUGAGAUAGACAUUGCUGUCCACCCCGUCGAAAUUGGUCUAAUGUCUCUUGUGUUUGCCUUCUUCCAUUCACCAUCUCGAUGCUCAAACACGGAAGUCUUUUUCUGAAUGGCCUUUAGAUACUCGGUUCGACAAUCACUGAAGAACUCUCUCAAAAUUUCUGGAGAUCGGCCGAAGCAGGAGACGGACACCUCUUCUCGCUCGCCGGAGCUGCUGUCUUUCUGUUCACACCGGAGCCGGAGCAGAUGGUUCCCGUACCAAAAGAAAAACGAACCAUUAUAAGGUGAAAAACGUAAAGGAUUUUUGGCAUGCGCAUUUGAAUGGUCAUCGGCAUAUCCAACGCUGACAAUAGAGGAGCGAGCCUUGCGCGCGAAUGGCUGGUCCGAUACCCAGGUUUUAAGCAUAUCAUGUGCUUCGUCGUAGUAAAGGACGUUUGUUAUCGAAGCUUUCGAUUGUCAGGAAAGAGCAUCACUACAAGAAGGGUCACUAACUGAAAUGGAUCUCCACAAUGUCCGUCAGGUAACGGUACACAUAUCUAGCCAAGAGCAGGAGCGCCCCGCAGAGGCACAGCAGGUGGGCGCUGUUCAGGUUCCCAGCUAGGACCUGUCGUAUGGAUGCGGAGAUGGCGGUAAAUCCGGGGAGGAAGAUGUCCACAAUGGAGAUUUGAGAUGGGAAAGUGUGAAUUGGCAAAGAACCAGCACCGUUGAAUAUGUUCAUUCUGGAAUGGGUGGGGAGGCUGUGGGUGGAUUCCUAAACAGAUAGUAUGUAUGACGUGCGAUGGUUUUGGAGCGAUUGAUACACCAUAAGUGAUCUUCUUGUUUGAUAGAGAAAUGCUGAAACCAGAGGGUUUUGUUUACGAUCUACUGAUAGCCAGGGAGAACUCCAUUACCUCAGGAUGCGGAAUCUCGCCUGUUAUAUGCUGUUGUAUUGGACCACGCACAUCCAUCCACCUAGUCGAGUCAAAAAGUUCCGUGCAACUUGAGAAGCCGGGAUACGCCGUUCGUAGCAGCCUAGACCGCGCGAGGCAUAUUGUGCUGUACAAUGUAAAUAUCCACUUUUGACCUCGUGGUACUGCUUUCAUGGGGAAUUGUCCAAGCACACAAUGGGAUUUUGCGAAGCCCUGAUGCCAGGGAUUCAUUUUUGAUAUGGAUGGACAUUACAAGUUUUCCCGCCUUGUUAUGUGAUAUCGGUAAUGCUCUUCUCUAUGUUUUCAUGCUCUUUUCUAUAUGGUGUAUUUGCUCUUCCCCCUCACUCUUUUGUCUCGGCUUUGUUUUCCUUCGAAUAACCUUAACCAGUAUAUUGUUUCUACCCAUGGAGAGGGAUAUAUAUACCUCUCCUUUUUGCAUGUUUAUAUUUACAUACUAUGUAACUUAGCAGAUCGGCAGGAUGUUACUUUAACUCUAAGAUCACACUAAAUAGAUUUAUCUCUAUUGAGGUUUCCGAGUUCAAAUUGGGCGAUUGUGUCAUCAUAUGCCUUAAUAAUAGGAUCGUAUAA